AUGGAAUGGAGCUUCUCGGAUAUCUGCGGCGGCCGCCUGGCCCUGCAGCGCCGCUACUACUCCCCGUCCUGCCGGGAGUUCUGCCUCAGCUGCCCUCGGAUCUCCCUGCGCUCGCUCACCGCUGUCACCUGCACCGUGUGGCUGGCGGCCUACGGACUCUUCACCCUCUGCGAGAACAGCAUGGUCCUCUCUGCUGCCAUCUUCAUCACCCUCUUAGGCCUGCUUGGUUACCUCCAUUUUGUGAAGAUUGAUCAGGAGACUCUGUUAAUCAUUGAUUCCCUUGGCAUCCAGAUGACCUCAUCCUAUGCGUCAGGCAAAGAAAGCACCACUUUCAUUGAGAUGGGCAAGGUGAAGGAUGUUGUCAUUAAUGAGGCUAUUUACAUGCAGAAGGUGAUUUACUACCUCUGCAUUUUACUGAAGGAUCCAGUGGAGCCACAUGGAGUAUCCCAAGUAGUGCCUCUCUUCCAGAGUGCCAAGCCCCGGCUGGACUGCUUGAUUGAAGUGUACAAGAGCUGCCAGGAGAUCCUGGCACACCAGAAAGCGCCCUCCACAAGCCUGUGAGUCCCAGCACCCAGAAGACCAGUGUUGUCUUCCAGGGGAGGUGACUGCGAAGCCACGUGGCUGGUUUGUCUUCUGUGUUCUAACCCAUCAAGUGGACACAGUCCGAGGAACCAGUAUGGAUGCAGCAGUGGAUCUCCGAGUCAUGGAGCAGGUGACUGGAAACCUAACUUACUGUGUGAUGUUGAGCAAAGUACUUACGUGUACUUUAGUGUUCCCCUUGUAGGGUUUUGUUUACUUUGCCAGCUGAGGGGAGACCUUGAAACAGUACGUCAGAAGUAAUGUUGACAAAGAGCACCGUGUGAAAUCCCUAAGCACAUUCGGGUUUACUUUUUGUUGAAAUUUGUGGAGCAAGACAAUGGGAAACUGACAUCAGAUCUCAUGAGAACGAUAAUUUCCAACUGCACAGCACCCCUGUGUAAAAGUUAAGGGAAAAAAGCAAGCCCUUCAGGUACUGGUUAGUAGGAAGAAAGGAGUAGUCUCUGUCCACCUUGCUCCUGUGUUCUGUACAGGGUUAAUUUAUGAUGAUUCUCUUAACAGACAGAUCUCCUUCUAAAACAUACACAAUAAUUUCUUGGUUCAGACAGCUGCUUUUUAUUGACAAACAUGAUCAUGGCAUUUCAGUCAUGGGUGUCAAGCACAUUAAUAAAUACUCUUGUUAACUCA